GCUGGCCUAAACAUUAGCCUAGAAAAAGCCAACAAGAAAAGCCCAUUAUUUCUACUAAUAUUACAUACAUAUUUGCAAAUAAAUUUGAUAACUUGUUGGAAGACACAAAAAUAAAGUAAAAUUGGCAAAACAUGUUGGCCAUAUUAAUGUACUUGUCUAAAGGAGGAACAGAAGCAGAUGAUCGGGAGGCAAAUACCUCAAGCACAUCUUAAGCUUGUCACACACCAAGCUAAAUAUUUGAAAAACUUUUUCGUCUUGACAAAGUUUGACUGACAUCAGUUUAACAAAUUAUUUAGAUACUUGUAAACUACAGCAACGACUACACCAACAUCAUCAUUAUCAUUAAAUAGCAGUGACAACAACAUCAAACAAAUUAACAUCAUUAUUGUUAAUAAUCAACGUUUGCUUAUAUCGGCAACCAACCAUAUUGUUAACGACAUCAUUGACAAUUUACCACAUUAAUAUGUGAGAAUUUUUAUGUGUUAAAACUCGCUCGCUAGCUCAGUGCCAAUGACACAUAGACCGACCUACAAGCAAGCCGCCAUUGUUGUUGCCUUUAAGUUGAAGGAAACUAACGUUAAGAAGGAACGUAAAGAAAUACUUUAAUCAUGCCACAAACUUAAUUAAUGUAUCAAACACAUUCACAUUAAGCUUAACUGUAAAAUACACACACUCAGAAAUAUUCAUACAUGCUAAAGAGAGUUAAAGCUAAAGAGAGAAAGAGCGAGUAUGAGUACGAGUAAACAUGUAUUAUUUAAUGUAAAUAGAGCAGAGUACGUGUACUAGUAAAAGGAAUGGGAGUGUAGGGAGUAAAACAGGAUAUGUAACGGUAAAGUUAACAACAUUUGUGUUAACGUAGCAAAACAAUAUUAAGAAAAAGAGCAACAGCAACAAAAAGAACAACAUUUAAAGGGAAACUAAACCACAAAACCAUAAACAAAGAAACGAAAUCAAAAAUUCGGAAGAAUUUCUUGCAACAUGCUUCUGGCAUUCCUUGAACCCACUGAAAAAACGUGAUUUUUGGCAAACAAAUAAUUUAAAAACGACAAAUAUGUAUCUUAAUUUAAAAUAUUAAAAAACGUGCAGGAUUAAAGCUUAAAUCUAAAUGGCUGUUUUAUAAUCUUAAAAAAUAAAAAAAAAAAAUAACGGUUAAAUGAGUUUUUCCAAACGUGCUCGUUAAAAGAAAACACGAAAAAGAAAACGUAACUUACAAAAAUAAAAAGUAUAAAAAACAAAAAAUAAAUAAAAAUAUAGCGGUAUUAACGGUAAACGACAUAAUGAACUUGUGUAUUAAAGGGCGUGUCAAAUUAGCGCGACUUUAAAACGACAAACAAGCAAAAAAUCGGUAGAAAUUGAAAGAAAAAAGAACGCGAAACGUACGUAUAACAAAAUACUAUGUCUGUUGAAUAUCUACAACCAUUAGUAGCAGCAACAAAUACAACAACAGAUGUAACUAACAAUAACAACAGCAGCAGCAACAAACCAACUUGUGAAAAUCAUAAGGAAACGGAAAACCAACAACACGAAGUUGUGGAAAACUCAACAAACACCGCAGAAAACGAAUCAGCAACCAGGGAAGCAAAUAUAUGACGUACAAUAAAACAACAACAGCAAACAAAAGAACUACAACAGCAACAUUAUCAUCAUCAUCAUCAGCAGCAUCAACAUCAACAUCAUCACCAGGACUAUAAAUUUAAACAAACUUCGAAAAAUUUAAUCACCAAAAAUCUAACGAAAACAUUUCCAACAUUUGAAACGACAACAGCAACUUCCCUGGUUUGUACACGUCAUGUUACUACAUGUCCACAGCAUACCAAACAGCAACAACACUAUCAAAAACAGCAGCAGCAGCAACAACAGCACCAUCAUCUAUAUCACUCCAAACAACAACAGAAGCAGCAACAGCAACAGCAACAACAACGAAGUCAAUACUCUACACAACCUAAGCCAGAAGAACCUCUCUAUGCCAACAUGGUUUUAAGCACCGAAUGGUCUCAGGUAGAAGUUAUCGAUCUGAUAAACGAUGGCAACGGUUUGGGUUUUAUUUUGGUGGGCGGCCGUAGUACCGGUGUGGUUAUUAAGGCCCUAACGCCCGGCGGUGUGGCGGAGCGUGAUGGACGUUUGCAGUGCGGCGAUCAUGUACUGCAAAUUGGUGAGGUGAAUUUGCGUGGUUUCAGCUCCGAACAGGUGGCCACGGUUCUUCGUCAGACUGGAGCUCAGGUUCGUUUGAUUGUAGCAAGACCGGUGGAGUCAACAGCCACCGAUUUUCAACAUCAAUUAGCUAGUCAUGCACCAAUUAUUCCAACUAAGCUCCUCUCCGACCCAGAAGAAUUGACGCGGCAUCUCUUUCAUCAAACUAACACGGAGGAGGUAACGGCGGCGAGCGGUGUUGGUAUUGGUGGUGGCGGCGGCAGUGGAUUAUCUGCAAAUUACUCCACAUCGUUUAGCCAUAAAGAGUCGUCCAGUAAUGAUUCUUUACAGCAGCAAACACCCCUCACAUUGAAUCUAAAUUUCCCCCCCACACCCGAUACCGAAUUAGCAGAUUUACCACUGCCUCCAAUACCCAAAGAAUUGACCACAUCGGCGGCUACGCAACGCAACUAUCCCAGAGAUUUGGACAUAGUACCAUUUUCCAUAGUAUCACCGCCUUUGCCUCAACCUCCCUCGACGGCAGCCACAACAAUGAAAACUAGUAUUAGUACACCCCAUCAAAUGGACCAUAUAGAGACUGUGAUAGCUGGUAUAACUACUACUCAAACUACUGGCACCUUAUCGAACGAUGAUAACGAUGAUAACGAUGAUAACGACGAUGACUGUUGUUCGAUAACCUCCUCCAACUAUUUGGACUCACCCGAAACGGAGACGUAUGAAGUUAAGCUAAGGAAAAAUGUCUAUGGCCUGGGCAUAACGGUGGCGGGUUAUGUGUGUGAAGAGGAAGAUCUGUCGGGUAUAUUUGUGAAGAGCAUCAUUGAGGGUAGUGCCGCCGAAAUGAGUGGCCAAAUACAGAUCAAUGAUCGCAUAGUUAAGGUGGAUGGUAAGACUUUGAGUGGUGUAACCAAUCAUCAGGCCGUGGAGAUAUUACGCAAUACCGAUAUCGAAGUGAAUCUUACGCUGGAACGUUUCCUCAGGGGACGUAAAUUUGAGCACUUGCAAGUAGCCUUAACGGAAUUGAAAAUAGCCGUGGACUCACAAUCACAGGUUUCACUACCGCCCUCACCGUCAAUAGCUACUCUGUCCUGGCUGCCACCCAGGUCUGAUGGUGAUUCUAUAGCCACCGAUGGUGGUGCUGUUAUCAUGGAAUUUGGCGAUUUACCCUCAAGGGAAACGGUGGACUCGCAAAUGUCUCAUGUGCUGGAUAAAAGUGAUCACAGUAGUGUGCCGCCAGUUGAAACUUCCAAGACACCCUCAACUACUCCCGAUGCCAAAACGACAGCAUUGGCUAAUGGUACGGCCUGUCAUGAGGUGAAAGAGGUCGUGGAUGGGGCUGAGAAUAGAGAGAAACCUGUAAAUGGUUCGCUGGGCUCGCGAACACCCACCAUAGAUAAUUUUACCGAUUUGCUGGGCAAACAGUACACUGAGCUGAUACCCGUGGGACCACUGAAACUAAGCACUGACCUGUUAGCGAAUUCGGUUUCUCAAACCGGUGCGUCGAAUGCCGAACAUUCGUGUCCCAGUGUGGAGGCUUUAAAGGUCGCCUGGAAAAGUGAGUUUCCCGACAGUGAAAUUAUAGUAGCCGAAAUAAAUAAACUUUCAGGUCUAGGAAUCAGCCUAGAAGGCACCGUGGAUGUGGAGCGUGGCAUUGAGAAGCGACCCCAUCAUUAUAUACGCUCGAUACUGGAAGACGGACCGGUGGGACGUCAGGGCAUCUUAAAACCCGGCGAUGAGCUGUUGCAGGUCAAUGAAUACAAACUGCAGGGUCUCAGGCACACCGAAGUGGUUAAAAUCCUCAAAGAACUGCCUUCACAUGUCAAAUUGGUAUGUGUACGUGGUGCUACGGCGCCGUCUAUUAUAAAUACUUCCCAAAAUCCCGAGGCCUUUGAAACGAGAAGUCUUCUGCCCGGCGGUCAUCAAAGUUUACAAAACUUGAUGACCAAAGCCCAGUCGGAAAGUUCUUUGUAUACCUCUAGCACUGCCACUCUGACGGAUCAACAACGUUCGAAGUCAUUGGAAAAUGUAUCUGGCCUGGCUCUUUGGAGUUCCGAUGUAACCAUUGUCGAAAUUGAAAAGACCGAACAGGGUUUUGGUUUCUCGAUACUAGACUAUCAAGAUCCCUUAGAUCCCGAGGGCAGUGUUAUAGUAAUACGAGGUCUAAUACGGGGAGGUUCGGCCGAGACCACCAACGAAAUAUUUCCCGGUGAUCGUUUGGUUAGCGUUGGCGAGCAUUCACUGCAAGGCCUCGAUCUCGACGAGGCGGUGGCCAUAUUGAAAGGCAUGCCACUGGGCCUUACCAAGUUGGGCAUCUGUCGACCGCUCUCAACGUCUGACAGUAAUAUAGCAUCACCCAUAGGAGAGGCAGACUCACCGAGCACAUAGUUUUCAAUGGAUUUUUAUUAUAAUUUUACUACAGAAUUUUUAAUUGAAAAUAUUAUAGUAAUACGUUAAUGGCUGGGAUUUAACUUAAUAAAAUUAUAAAACCCCAGAAGUAGAGAUGAUUUUAAAAGUGUUUGUUUUUAUCCUUAAGGCAACAAUAAGCAUGACCCAUUUACUCGCCAGCAAAACACAAUAAGAAAAAAACAGAACCAUCCCAUCAUAAUACAA